AUGAUCCUCUUCAAUAUCCGCACUCCAGUUUCCAAAUGUUUCUUCGUUAAACCACGUGUUGGGAUGGUUGAACCUAAUAAAACAGUCAAAGUGUAUUUCACAUUCAAAGGAAAAUGCCAUCGUGUUCCAUCCGAUUAUUGCUGGAUCUACAACAUUUAUCACAUUGUAAUAGGUCAGAAAGACACUGCAUUCGUCAAGGAAGACGAGUUUUCGUCGAUGAAUUUGAGAACAGUCUGGAAUGAGAAGGGCAAGGGAGACAUCAAUAACAUUCUACAUUUAGCUUGUCUAUUUGAUGAGAAGGCAAAAGUGAAACAUGAGUGUAAGGGACAUAAAAUUGAUAGAGGAUUGCAUUUGAAUGACCAAGGAGAAGUUGAGCAAGUGGUUGUGGAGGAGUCGAAAGGAGAAGCGUCAAGCACACCAUCUAAAAUUGUCAAGCUCAAAAAGACACCAUCCAGCAGUGACACGACAGAUGAACUUCCAAAGACUGCUGAUUCAUAA